UAAUAACUGUCUACCGCUAGGCAUUAACUGUGAAAGCUGCAACAAAUACGCAGAGACGGCGAAAUCUGCUUAGAAAUUGGGCGUAAAAUGAGAAACGUGAGAUAGCAGCAACGCGUUGCAUGCCCCCAACAAUAUACCUCCAGCAUGCCAAUUUAAAAGCCGAGCACUACACAGAAACAAUUAUACAUAAUACACAUACAUAUUUCACAUCAGAAUAAAAUCAACAACAAGUUAGUUCGGCAAAGGGCUCAAAUUAAGAGUGUGAUAGCAAUUUCUUUUGGACACAUUAUGGCACACUACAGCGGACAUCAGGCUCCAACCGAGGUGCCCGCACACUUCAAGAAUCUUUUCACCGAUGGCAAACUGGGUGAUGACGAUGAUAGCAACAACAACAACAACAAUAACAACAUCAACAACAAUAACAAUAACAAUAACAACGAUGCCAACAACGAUCAGGAGAAUCGUCCCGAUAAUGGCAAUAACGACAGCAACGCCGCCUGCUGGGUCUUUGGCUACGGUUCCCUGUGCUGGUAUCCGGGCUUUACCUACACCAAAUGCAUAACAGGCUAUAUACGAGGCUACGUGCGCCGCUUCUGGCAGGGCAACGUAACGCAUCGUGGCACCGAGGAGGAGCCUGGACGUGUCGCAACACUUGUUGAGGACAAAGAGGGCAUUACAUGGGGCUGUGCAUACAGAAUAACGGGCUCUACGGCUCUGGAGUAUCUCAAGCAACGCGAAUGCACGUUGGGUGGCUAUGCAACGCUUGAAACAAAAUUUUUUCCCCGCGUCGCUUCGCAUGACACACCCUUUAGUGGUGAGGCCGUCGAGGUGAUGGUAUAUGUGGCUACACCGGAGAACCGACAUUGGCUGGGUGAUGCACCACUCGCGGUAAUAGCAGAACAAAUCGCAAAUUGCCGCGGACCGAGCGGACACAAUGCGGAAUAUCUUUUGCGAUUGGCACUCUUCAUGCACGAGGAGAUCCCGGGGGUGCGCGAUGAACAUUUAUUUGAGCUAGAGCGACUGGUGCUGGAGGAGAUUUACCGCAAGGAAAUCCCUCUGUCAUCUGUAAUGGGUCGCAAUCCUGAUCGCAUACGUCGCGACUCACACGAAGACGUACGCCGCCCGCCAUCAUUCGAGUUUACUUCCCGAAUACCGGAGACAAAACUGCGCUGCUUGAAUAUUUGAUUGUGGAUUUGGUCUCAGCCACAAAAAAUAUGCAUGUGGAAUAUUCCAAAUACAACAUCAAUAUUUUCCAGCACAGGAUACGAGAGUCUAUGACUAAUAUCGAUGUAUUCUUUAAAUUGUAAAUAAUCAUACAUAGCCUUAACAGUAAGCAGUAACUACUCUCGAUAACUGAUCUGAUAUAGUUGUUAAGCAUUGAAUAAGUUCUCGUAGUGCGUAAGUCGCGUCCUCAACGCACACACUAACAUUUAUAUACAAAGUGCCCAAGAAGAGAAAAUAA